AUGUCGUGGCUCCUUGACGACAAAGGCCUGGAGAUCUUGUACAAGGCUCAAGUUCGUUCCUACCCGGAGGACUCGUGCCUUGUUUGGGGAGGAGCGGCGAGCAGGCAUCUUUCCCUCCUGGACAGGGUACAGGCUCGGGCAGUGAGGUUCAUAAAGGACAGUGGAGGCAGAAAUAAGCCAAAGCUCCACUCCCUUCAACAUCGCAGGGACGUAGCGGGCCUCGCUGUGAUGUACAAAAUACAACAACAGCGAAUCCCGCAUCUCCAAGCUCUCCGCCAGCCCCUGCGGCGGGCACAAGUGACCACCCGGGCUGUCACUUUAAUGCCUGCUGAAUUAUUUCAGUGUCGAUGCCGUACUUGGCACCAUCAACGCCAGUACGUCCAUCAUUAUAGUGAACUAUGGAACACCUUAAUUGCUGCACAGAUAGACUUCAGUAAAAUGAAUCUGCAGCAAUUCAAGGAAUGUGUGAACGUCUGGUUGCCAUAA